AUGUCCAGGAAAGCUCCUCUCGCCGCCUCGGUCGAGGAAUAUGAUGAGGACGCUCAUGUCAGUCUCCCUGAAACCCGUCAAUUCGCCAACGUCACUGCCAAACGCUCCAAGUCUGACUUGAAGAAGUCGGCCAGGGUGCCCUUCGUCGAGGCUGCCAGUGACUCGGGUUACUCUAGCCGCACCGCUGCGACGGUCAACAGCACCCAAUCCGCCCCGUCGGGCUCGAGACAUCCUCCCGCCCCUCUUAAGGUCGAUACAUCGCACAAAAAGACUGAUCUUGAACGAGUUCGUUCAAGAACAAAAGAACGGCCACGAGAUCGUAGCGCCCAUCCAUCACGGGAGGACAGAAUGCAUGCGGGCCCUUACUCGGCCGGCUAUCCGCCGGUCCAUCUUCCACGGUCACCGUCGGUAUCCCACCGACAUGAACGAACGUAUACUAGGCACUAUCCUAGCAACAACUGGGACCCCGAGCAGAGUGUGUAUCACCCAGCGCACGCUGAGUCCCGACCAAGAGAGUACCAAUAUUACUCAUCGCAAGCGUCUUCCUACGAUUACCCACCGCCGUCGUCCCAGACGUCGCGUUACGCUCCGGCAGCCGUUGUUGUCUCAUCCAGUACCCGGCCUCAUGGUCGGUCUGCCCGGUCGAACUCCUACCAUGCGAAUAACAGGCCCGUGAGCUUCAAUGGGAUGAUGCCUUCCAUGAACGGGAUCAUGUACAGUAGCUCUCCGGUUGGCCGAUAUGACCAUGGCCCGCCUCUUUCCUCCUCGGCUUAUGCAAACUCCCCUGCCUAUUCUCCCGCUCCUUCCGUAUACCAACAGCCGCCAUUUUAUCCCUAUCCAGAUGCCACAAGCCCGCCCGAACGUAUGGAUCGUUCAAUGUCUCGGCCUAGGGAGCACCGCCAGCCCCGACCGUCCAUAUUUGAGCCCCCCGCGAUCGACUAUGAUACUUCUGAGGAAGAGGAGGAAGAAGAGGAAGAGGAUGUGGAGGGCGAGUUGAUGGAACCAUCCCCACCUCCCCCACCUCCCGGACCGCCCCGUCAAGCACGGCCACGGCACCCGUCUCAUUCACUUGAUCGUGGGGAAGACGAAUACUACCGAUCGAUGCCACGGCCGCCACUCAAGCAAAGGGCCCCUCCACCUCAGAUCAUCCAGAAACGGCCCGGGCUACACCACAAGUCAGCUACUGCCCCCUCCAUCGUGUCAGAGCGUCGCGGGUCGCGUUCUCUCGACUUCACCGAACUUCAGGAUGUUCUCUCCGAGUAUGGAUACAACCGAGGAUCGGGUGGAGGAACUAUUAUCCCUGAGCGGAACCGGAGUCUCAGACGUCCUUCAGUCUAUCAUGAUUCGUCCCGAUCCGCAGCCCGAGUUGCUGUGGAGCACUCUACCCGUCGGCGGAGGCCUAAAGUGUAUGAUUACGGCCCGCCUGAUGAAAUAGAAGAGAAGGUGGGGGGUGCAGAGGAAUACCAGGCAUCUCAGUCUAGCAAGGCCGCGGCCCCUUCAAUGAGUUUGAGUGACGCCCUGCUCAAGGCCAAAGCGAACUCUCAGGCUGCAAGCGAUAGUGGAAGCCAGAAGAGCCGGUCCGCCAGCAGCCGUGGUAGCGGUAGCGAUGCUCGUACUCGACCUGGGAGCGGUGCAUUGACCACGACCCGCGCCGAAGAUGAUGACAACAUUGUCAUGACGCUAAAUGGGGUUACCAUGAACUUCACUCAGGAAUCUCUGGGAGGGAAGCGGAUCAGUGUGCGAAGUGGCCAAACUGGAGCUGUUGAAUUGAAUAUCGAGGGCAAGCGUCCAAAGAAGUACUUGACGGGUGGUUCCGAGUAUACAACUGCCAGUGGUGGUUCCAGGAAGGGCGACCGCAAGUCCGAUCGCGCCAGCCGCCGCUCUAGUCGGUCAACCUACGCUCCUCCUCGUUACUAGUCUGUUGCAUCGAUUCCUGGCUUUUUGGUUCGAUCCAAGCCCUAUCUGGAAUCUUGGCGAAGAAUGAUGAAAGGCAGACAGUGCGUUUCGCCUGUUUAGUACAUUUGUUCUUGUGAUUGGAUAUUUGGGGACAACAAGCAGGGGACCGUGCGAAGAGACGCAUCAGUACCUAGCUCCGUUGCCUGAUCAAAAUCCUGCCCAAGAACUUAAGGAAGGACAGUCGCAGCAAACAGUACGCCUGCAAUUGUUCGAUACCAUGAUUCUCGGUGUGGGUAAAUUUUGGACAGAAAGCUUGAGACAAGGCAACUAGACGUUGGAAUUUUUCCGUUCUUAUAUUCCUUGGGACAGCAAAAGUUUGAUGGUUUUUGGGUACAAAAAGACUGGCUUUUGAAUUGGGAGGUUUCCUCGAUUUCUGU